AUGACCUAUCAGAGGAUUUCUGAUACUCAUGGGAACUCAGUUCAGGACUUUGAAGACUCUGUUGAUGAAUUCAUUUGCGAAUACAAUGGUGAAAAUCCAAAGUAUCAGGCAAACAUGUAUCUCUUUGAUACUUCCAAUCAAAUUCGCAAGCCGUAUAAUACCAAAAUUGGAAUUCACGCAAAUUGCUUGAAAACCUUAUUUAUGUAUCACGAUAUGCUUCCUGGAAAUUGUUCCAACGUGAACGAUGAGAACGAUCCGGCUCAAAUCCGGAAGCGAAAGCUAGCACUGUUUCGCUCCUUUCCAAUUGAUUGGCAGGGAGAUUUUAUCAAUUCGCGGAAUGAUCCGGCGAACGACAAUAAUAUUACGUGGAAAGAUAUUGUCAUCGCACAGGCGGUAGAGGCCUUGACCAAAAUCGUUUUGGUGGUGGUCGUGGUCAUGGUCAUGGUUGACCAAGCAAUGGUAAUCAACCGUAUCCAAGACCCUCGAACUCUCCAAGAUAUUCUCAAGGGAAUUCACAAAGUUUUCAACGUGGAGGCAAUUCCCAGCAAAAAAAACAAGGAAGAUUUCAGCCAAGAAACCCCAACAAUGGUGGCAGAGGCCGUGGAUUCAAUGGCCAGGGCAGUGGACGCUCCCAAACUGGCCGCUUUCAGCCAGGACGAAACUAUCAAGGCAGAGGCCAAUCACAGCAACAAAACAGUCAAAACUACUAUGCUGAGUCGCACUACAAUCAAGAAGCUGAAAGCUUUGCUGCGGAAGGCAGCGUUCCUGAAUGGAACCAAGACGGAAUGUCUUAUGGUGGAAUGCAAAGUGCCGAGCAGUACCAGCAUCAGGAACACUAUUAUCAAGCUGAAGAAAAUCAGCAAUGGAAUGAUCAAUUCAACUUUGAACAAUAAGACUAUUAUCCUGAAGAACAGGAGGCGCAGGAACAUUUUUCCUAUGAUGAAGAUUCGCCAUUUUCCUUUCAUGAAGAGCAUUGCUGACCAAAAAUACUCGUAA